CUACACCGCAAACGAGCCAACCGGCACGCCAACAAAACCAGGCAACCAGCCAGCAAGUUAUAACCAAGGAAGGACUGCGAUCCGUUCAAGCUCUCUACUUAAAGAGUUGUUGGUAAGUAGUCACAGCGAGAUGGACGUUUUGCGCUGGACACACUCUUGAUUCAUUUCUGCGUUGUUUGAUUUGACGCAGAGGAAGGAUGACGAAUGCUCUUAGUGAUUUAUAUCUUGGUAGAUACAGUUUGUACCAUCAAUGUCUAGUGAUACGAUGACUUAUUGAUUUUUUAUAUCAGAGCUAUCGAGCCUGGAGUUGAUCAUCUGGCGAUAUUUGCCUUCUUUGGGAGAACGCUUCUUCGUUCGGAGGGUAUAUCUAGAUGGGGAUCAUUACUUGCCAUACUCAUGACGUUGGUGCAAUGGAUAGCUUAAAUAGAAUACUGUGUUUGGUAUGUCUGAUUGUUAAACUUGCAUCUGUGUCGGCCCAGGAAGUGGCAUACAUGAUAGCGUCCGAGGAGGUCAAUGUACAACGAGGUGAUACGGCGGUCCUUCCCUGUGUUCUUGAUCCGACGCAGAAUGCCUUCGUCAUCUGGCGCCGUCUGGACCCACUCAUUGAUCUCAGUCUGGGCGUGAUGUUGGACAGCAACCUCGAUCCUGAUUUGAAAGAGAGGGUUAGGAUCGUCGCCAAUCGACAAGCAGGGGAAUACAAUCUCGAAAUCGUGGACGUUCGGGUGAGCGACGAGGGUUCAUAUAAGUGCGACGUUAUUUUCGGUUUGAUGACAUCGAGGACAGUCAGCACAUCGGUGCGAUUGAAUGUGUAUGUUCCGCCAGAAGAAGGGUUUCCGCUAUGUGACGUCAAUCCGGCGAUACCGUUAAAGAAGGGAAAGGUGGUGACGAUGUCAUGUUCAACAAGAGGUGGACAUCCACCCUCCAAGGUUACAUGGUACCGUGGAAGAAACCCUGUCACUACUGCAGCUGAAAACGAACAACAGCUUCGGUGGAGACUGACAGACAGUGAUUAUGGCGUUCAGUUUACCUGCAUCGAGACGCAUCCAGCUCUACCCGGUGUCAGGGAAUGUAGCGUGGUGCCCCUUCCUUUUCGUCUUUCCGUUGAUCUCGUUCCUUCCAUCGCUGAGGUGGACACUGGCGGAGAGACGUCUUUUACCUGUCAGGGUCGCGGACCAACCGAUGCUCCUCUCAAUUUCAAGUGGGAAGUGAAUAACCAGGGAAUCGCACCCAGAGGCAAAUGGGCGAUUUCUGGAAGCAACGGUCAAAUCUUGUCCGUCUCCAAUGUGACUACCUUUGAUAAUCAAUCAAGCAUUGUAUGCACCGUCACGGCUGGCCCGGGACAAUCUGUUAAGACUUAUGCAGUACUUGUGGUUAAUGGCAAACUUAUCAGGAGAACGUCCACGUCAUCGAGAGGUAAAUCGUGGAAUCAUCCUUCAACGCGUUAUCCUAUGCUAAGGAACAAGAAUGACCAACAAGAGAGAUCGUCUCUAACCACGUCAAACUCAAUUAGUAGAAGACUAGUCAUUAUUAUAUCAUUCGGGGCAGUCAUGUUCGGGGUGCUUGUCGGUGCUACAGUCGCAAUCGUAAGUAUCUACCGGAGUCGUAAGGUAGCCGGGACGCAAUCAAAACCGAAGUCUUUCAAGAGCUCGUUUAAGACCGGGUCUACGAAGAGUUCACGGCAAAUUGGAAAGCGGAACCGCGGGUUCAACAACAGAGGAAGUCGUAUCUGGCGGGAUUCCAGGAGAAUCACCUUCAACGACACUCAGAUUACUUUCGCAGACCCGAUUCUAGAUUACGACGAGCCACCGGCCGAAACGACGUCGACGGACCCUGACGAUAGUUACCUCGGCCUUUGUCCCGACAGUCUGUCGUCGUCAAAAUACGAAGAUCUGCAUAGCCAUGUUAUGAACUCGUUAAGCUUCGACCGUUUCUACAACGAAGCGCCGUCGGUUCCGGAACUGGAAUACGAGGAUGUUAUAGCGGAUAGGAAUUGGUCAACGAGAAGCUACCCAGUAAAUAGAAACCAAUGUGAUGAAAGUAUAUACCUCAAUAGGACAUCAGUUCCCUGAUACUGGAAAUCGUGUUGGUAAUUUACUAUGUUUAGGAACAAAUGGAUGUCCAUUGAUUUAUGGCGAGUAUAGACCUCAUCUGAACUACUACCAUGUGUGAGUUUUUACGUAUUAUGGGAAGGUAAAUAUGUGAAAGAUAAAGAUAACUGCUUUGGGUAUUCUCCAUGAAGCUGAUGGAUAAUGUCCGAAGGAAACUUUCGCCAACAAAUUCGAAUACCUUCAAAUUAAUCAUUAACAGAAGUAUUGAAUUUAUUUUGUUCAUGUUUUGUAGGAGUGCUGUGCACUCUUGUUGAUGUCGCAAUAUAACAGAAUUUGCAAUGCUAUUUCUGGGAUAUGUAACUUAUAAGAUGAAUUCAAUUUUACAAUUGAUCGUUGUUGUAUAUGUCCACGAAGAAUCAUUGAAAAAUUAAUUUCAUUCGCAUAAGUUUCUAUGACAUACAGGCCAGUCACGUUACGGUAAUAUACGAAUGCAGAUAACUUGCCAUCGCUUAUGUAGCAAUGUCUAAUCGUUUGAAGUGUCAUUUCGCAAAUUAUUGCCAAUUUCAGUAUUUCAACGUAGAAAAAAGUUAGAAAAGAAGAAAGAAAGUUUUAAUUUGUGUAGGUAGUCUCAUACAAUAUCUGCGCCCUGUGCCAUCACAUGAAUAAUCACUUAUAAAUAAAUACACCGCUAUUAAUCCAUGGAAAACCAGAGACAACAAAAAUACAAUUGAUUGUAGAGAAUAAUCAAAUAUCUUCAUGCUAAAGCCCAAAAAUAAUCAUAUGAUGAAGAUCAAUGAUCGAAUAUAAUUUUAACAUUACUUUUUAAAAAAUAUUUAAAUCAAUUUCAAUUGUGCCUUUUUUAUCAAUCAUAAAUGUAAAUUCAAAUUUAUGCAAGUUGUAAUGGUAAAUGCAUUUCAUCAAUGUUAGAUGCACAAAUAUUUGAUUUUUUUUUAUACUAUGUGUAUAUAACUUCCUACUGAUUUCCUUCUUAAUAUUGGAUUGUACUAUGCGAAAAUAAAACGACAUCUAGACUGUAGAAGACAUGUAUCCGAGAUACAACAUGGGUUUAAUGCAAAGAUUGGAGAGAACUCCCAAGAUUCUGGUCAAAAUAUAUUACAUGUCAGCAUACUAUUUUGAAAAGUAUAAAUGAAAAGAAACAAGUUAUUUUAUAUCGAUAUGGAAGCAUUACGGUACACCAUGCCUGGAUAUGAAAAAGGACCACCCAUACAUUCAUAAUUCAUUUUGAUUAUUUUUAAAAAAAUACCCAACAUUUUUCUUCCUUCUCUGGUUCAUCUCGGUCACUUAACUUUAUCAGACUGAACCUUUUAAAGAAAAUUUGACAUUUAAACUUUUCGAAUACCUUUAGUAAAUGGUAAAGGAUCAAAAGGUGUGAUGAGGGAAAUGAUAAAAAUCACUGAAGAAUGAUGUCUGCGACAUAGAUAUUUUCUUUAAAGAGAACAUUAAGGACUGGGGGUGUAAGGUGUUAUUAUGCGUGAAUGUGAUUAUUAUUGUUAUAUGAAAGAGAAGAGGCAGACAGGACUGCAGUAUACAUACGCAAAUAAAACGGAAGAAGGGCGGCUAGGGUAAAAUAAUAGAUGGAUAGGGAAUCGGUUAUAAUUAGCAACAUACAAAAACAAACUCUUUGCGGACUUAAUAUUUCCUCUCCCAUGUGUAAUGAUUCAGGUGCGACUCGGCCACCCCUGGAUUCGACCCAGGUUCUCUUUCGACCCCCUCCUUGUGGCCUGCUUCCACGACAGCAUUCAGGAAAUAUCUUUUAUCUGCGCUUAAAGACAUGUAGGUCGAUAGGUUGAACAAGGGGCCAAAAGAGUUUACAGCCGUGCGGCUGGUAGUUUAGCUGAGUGCAUAACAUAAGGGCGAUUCCCAUAUGUGUCGUACGAAACAUUUCGACAACAAUUUAUCGUCUCUCGGCUGAAUGAUUGAACAGUAAAAGUGAUUUGUUUUUGUUCAUGAUAACGUUAUAGUGGGUAGUCAUGUGAAAAACUGAUAACCAACAAAAAAAAUUGAUUUCGGGUGAAGUAAAGGUGAAAAAGUUUUGUGUCGUACGAGACACAGAAAUGCCCGGUAUGGAGCGCAAUAUUUUCACACUAAUUAACCCAUAGA